UAUCCCACAACUUACUGAUUAAAGUUGUUCUUAUUGGUUUGAAAGUCAAGAUCAAAGGUUUGUGGCAGUGGAGCAGUGACUUUUUUGGCAGUGGACUAUAAACUAUGGGGGCCGCUACUCGAUCUUACAGACCUUCAGCUAGCCUUAUAUUGGCUGCCAAAGAGGAUUCUUUAAAGGAUUAUGACUACAGAUUACUUUUGAUCAAGCGAACUGAGGGUACUUCUUAUGCAUUAAAUCAUUGCGUUUUUCCUGGCGGCGUUUUCGAUCCCCGAGAGGAUGAAUCUCCCGAAUGGAUCACAUAUAUCAAGUCCUUUGGAGUGACCGAUGAGCAGUUAAUAAAGCUGAGUCACAAUCAGGAUACUCCCAGACCUGCAUUUCUGUGCGGCAGAGAAAACUUUUCGAGGGACAUCGCAUUGCGACUGACUGCGCUCAGGGAAACCUUUGAGGAGGUGGGCAUUCUGAUCUGCACCAAGCCGGAUAGCUUGAAAAAUUGGGAUUCUAAAUCCGGACAUCCUCGGACUUGGCUUUUAGAGCCAAGCGAUCGUUCUGAGUGGCAGCAUAGAGUUCACAACAAUGCAUCACAGUUUCUGGAGUUGUGCAGGCACCUCAAUGUCAUUCCCAACCUUUGGUCUCUUCAGGAGUGGUCCGUUUGGAGGACAGCAGCCACAGCCAAUCGUAAAUAUGACACGGUUUACUAUGUCACUACGCUGGAUGAGCAGGUCAAUGAGGUGAGUCUCCUCUUGGAACCUCACGAAGUGGCCUCAGCCCAUUGGAUGAGUCCGGCGAAAGCCUGGUCAAGCUCCCAGGACGGCACCAUUUGGCUUCCUUUCAUGCUGCUGUACGACAUCGCGCGUCUGAUGAAUCUGCAUAGCUGGCAGGAGCUUCUUAACUUUGCCCGUCAACGGAGCAAACGAGGAGGCACAAUGGUACAGCCCGUUUACUAUCGCUGCGAUGACUGCAUGUUUGGAGUGCUUCCUGGGGAUGAACUGUAUCCCAAGGAGCCCGGCACUUGCACACAAACCAUCAUCUUGCCGGGAUCGGUGAACGAACAUCAUAGAAGGGCCAAGCAAUACAAUCGCUAUAUAGUCUACGAUUUCCACCGGGUCGUGCUGGCCUCCAACGUCCCGCCCUGCGAUGGUCAUCUGCCACUGCUGCCGAUCGUUAACACAACGCUAGCAAAAUUGUAG